AUGAGGAUUUCAAGGAAAAUAUUCGGUAUUCUCUGUGCUUUCUCGAUUGCAGCAUGUAUCACCAACAUAGUGGCAACAUUUUCGUCAGAGUGGCGAACGCUGACCUCGCGAAAUGGUGACGUCUGGAAGAGUGGACUGUUCAAGUGGAACUGUCGAGCUCCACAACCCGCACCGCACGAUUCGAAUAAAUGCGAUAAUUGGUGGCAGAAUCAAAACGAUUGGGAGGUCGUGGUUGUGAUCAGCAUGAUUGUGGCCUUUGCAUCGAUGUGUUUGGGAUUGGUGACAACGACUUUUCCGAGAGAGAUUCUGUGCACUGAGGAUCUAGCCACGCAUGAUAUCGACAUUCCCGACAUUCCCGAUUUUGUUGUGCCUCAACAAGCUGAGGCUUCUACUGUUCCUCAGGAUGACUUCGUCAUCCCCGAUGUUCCUGACUUCUAUGUCAACAAUGGAGCCAUUCCGGAGAACCCUGGCAACGAUCUU